CCUUGAGCGCGAUGAUAUAAACGCGGACAGUUUACUAGUCAGGUGAUGUUAGAAGGAAGUGCUUCCAAUGACGAAGUGAAGAAGACGUUGCCUCCUAAACAAACAUUUUUGUCACUUUCUUGGGAUUACUUUAAGUUGUUUCUGACAUGCGCCUCCAUUUACGGCGUAGGAUAUUUUCGACUUAGUACUACCUGGGUCUUGGUCGGGUCGCUUGGAUACUUCGUUUUGCAACAUACUAGAAAUAAGCAGUCAAGGUUAAUAAGCUCACUUAAAGCCAUUGGAGAAGACGAAAAAGCAUUCAUAAUCCAAAAUUUUACCGUAAGAGAUCUUCCGUCUUGGGUUUACUUUCCAGAUGUUGAAAGAGCGGAAUGGCUAAACAAAGUUAUUAAACGAAUGUGGCCAUCCAUUAGUGAGUACGCGAGAGAUAUUAUCGUUGCAUCUAUCGAGCCUGUCGUUGCACAAAAUCUACCAACUGCACUAACACCUUUUAAUUUUGCUACUAUUGACUUAGGUGACACGCCCCCUAGAAUCGGUGGAGUGAAAGUUUAUAUGAAUGAAAACAUUAGGAAGGACGAAAUCGUUAUGGACCUAGACCUUAUGCUAUACAGUGAUGCUAGAAUCAAAGUAAACUUAGGAAAAGUCAAGGCGGGAGUGAAGGAGUUUGAGUAUAUCAAUUUCUCUUUAACUGAUAUGGGAAAUAUCCUGGGACUCCCUGGUUUGCAACAAACAUUGAAUACAGUACUUCGUAAUGUUGUCAACCAGUUGGUUGUCCUCCCAAAUCGUUUACCGGUUCAACUGGUUCCUGAUAUUGACAUACAGCGUUUGAAAUAUCCAUUACCUCAAGGCGUUCUUCAUAUCAAUAUCAUAUCUGGUCGAAAUCUUAAAGCAGGUGAUAAAAAUAUGAUUGGACACCGUACAUCUGAUCCAUAUUGUGUUAUACGAGUUGGCGCUAGAACGUUCACUACUUCUGUUGUUAAAGAAACACUAGAACCAGUUUGGAACCAACAUUUUGAGUCUAUCGUCGAUAUUUGUCAUGGUCAGUCAGUAACAUUUGAAGUAUACGAUAAAGAUCAAGGGAACAAAGAUGAUUAUUUAGGUUGUACUUCGAUACCAGUUGAGUCGGUAGUCAGUGAAGGUGAAAUAGACACGUGGUCCUCAUUAGAAGGGGUAAAAACUGGUUCAUUACAUAUUCAAUUAACGUGGUUUCGACUGUCAAAUCAUGAAGUGGAUUUUGUACAGUCAAUGGAACAGGCUUUACAGUAUCGUAAAGCAUCCGGACGAAGUAUGAGUUCAGGAUUUUUAUACGUUGUUAUUGAACAAGCGAAUAAUUUGCCACACGUAAAACAACUACAAGAACCUUCACCAUUUUGUAAUAUCCAUCUAGGACGUGAUUAUCAAACAAACGAAGUUAAAGAAAAAACACAAAAUCCUGUUUGGAAUUCUGUACAUCAUUUUCUUGUUAGUGAUCCAAACGUUGAUAUACUUCAACUUAUUAUACGUGAUAGUCGGACGGAGACAAAACUAGGAUCUUGUAACAUCUCACUACAAACCUUAUUAACACAGAAGAAUAUGUCUGUCACGCAACCAUUCACCUUACAAGAUACGGGUCGAGAAACAUCAACCAUUUACAUGCAUUUACAACUGUUGGCUUUACUUCCUGGACAACGCCAAAAUUUAAGCGGGCAUGAUAAUACCAAUAUAAAACGGAGUUUAUCCUUGAAUAAGAAUUUUACUGAUAAUGCUAUCCCAACUGAAAAACCUGCUGAAUCCCCCACAGGAAAUCCAGAAAUGGUUGUGAGAAAUCGUUUUCCUGAUGAUAAUGAUAUUAUUUCUUCCACAGAAUCUUUAUCAACAACAAACUUCGAUAAUCAGUCUGUUCAGCCAAUAAGACAAGUGAUGACUAGUAAUAGUAUACAACAAAUAAGCAAUUCGUCACUGGGUCGUAUUCGUUUAACUAUCCAGUUUCAUUGUCUAUCGAACUAUUUAGAAGUAACAGUACAUGAAUGUCAACAUUUAAGCGGUGUUGAUAAAGACGGUCUAUCUGAUCCAUAUGUGAAACUUUAUCUUAUGGAUUUACACGACAAUGUGGUCAGUGAUUCAAAAAAGACUAAAACUGUUAAAGAUAAUUUGGAUCCAAAGUACGAAGAAAAUUUUCAAUUUCCGAUUGAGGCUGACCACCUUCCAUUAACCAUUUUAAGGCUGGAUAUCAAAAAUCAUGUUGGGCGUUUUACACGUAGUGGAAAAACGCAUUUCAUUGGAACUUUGUCGAUAAAUCUUAUUGAUUCAGUAGACGGGAAAGCUGAUACUAAGUGGUAAGUUUAAUGCUUUAUUUUCUUAUUGUUUCUUUUUAAAUAAAUAGACGUUUGUGUUUCUUUUUAGAACUAAGGUAAUAAUCAUAACUAUCGAAGUAUUUCACUCCACUUGUGAAAUAUUUAGCAUUCAUAUAAACACUAUAUGUGUUUUUUAUCCUCAUAAAAUCCAAUCUUAUUGGAAAAAUGUAUUCAUACGUGUAUUCAGAAAUUACUUUCAACCCGGAUGGUUGAAUUCCAGCUAAACACAUGGUGAAUAUCAUGUUUAGUUAUUUUGUCCCUCAAUAUAUGGAAGAUGGAGUCGGAUAAGCUCAUUGUUCAGAUUAUUUUUAGUCACUUCAACCUGAUGGUUUCUGCCUAUGUGAAGGUACAUCUAUUCAACUAAUGAUAUCUGUUAUGAUGAGAUUAUGCAUGAUGUUUUAUGAAUCUGGUUCAUUGAUUAAUGUCUAUCUUUAAAUAUUUUUUCAUCAAUUGGCUUCUAAAGUGAAACACUGUCUGCUAUUGGAGACUUUACGACUAAAUGAAGCAAGAUUUUCCUUGGAAAAUAACAUAAAUCAAGCUAUUUACUCAGGUUAAUAACACAAGAGUUAACAACAAAUUUAUCGACUUCCAAGUGUGAAAGGUUUUGGUUGUAACCAACUACGCUUGUAUACCUCAAAAUAUUUUCUGCAUGUUUCGAGACAAAUUAUUUUUUGUUCAUGAUAUAUUUUAGGAUUAUUCUUCUAAAACUAUAUUCCUCGCAAGUGAGAAACCAUUAUGACGUUCAUGUAGAUGCUUAAUUUUUGUUUGUCAGUAUUUGUUUUGACUUUCGGUGCUUAACAAAAUGGAUGUUUCCCUACAGUUCAAAUCAAAUAACGGGUAAAACUAAAUUAUACUGACGAUCUUAAAUGGACCAAUUAAAUUCAUAGUAACUUCUCAGGCUUUGUGCAAAAUUCAGAUCGCAGUGAAAGACGGCAUGUGUCUUUUUAGGAAUAAGGGAAAUCGUCAACAUUUAGUUAUAAAAAUACUGAGAAUUGAUGUAAAUAUCUUUUACGUAACCACAUAGUGAAUAUGAGAUUGUGCGUAAACUAGAUUAAAUGAAAUCUUUGCUCACUAAUGCAGCUUAUAAAUUAGAAUACUUGAAAUGACUCAAUCCAUAGUCAAAGACGUUCGUAUGGCCCAAGCGUAUUUUCCUACUUUAAAGCUUCCAACCACAACCGUUCUUACCCUAACUCAUAAAUUUAUCUAAGCUCUCAUUAUUUAAUUAUAAAUCUUUUUCUUUCACUAUAAUGAACAACUCAACUUGUAAGGGUCGUUAUAUCAUAUCGAAACUACUUUUUUCACUGUGAUUGUAUUGCUUCCUAUCACUAAUUUUUUCUUUAAAUAAACAUCUUUCUGAUUGGCUGGUGAACCACCAAGGUUGAUUUUACUAAAUAACGUCCUAUAUAAAUUUCCUAUUCCUACUGAUUAGUUAAUGUUGCACCAGUUUUUAGCUUCUUUAUGCCUAAAGUAAAAUGGAAUGUUGAGCUUUUGUUUCUUUCUAUUUAAGGUACGACUUGGGGUCACCCAUUUUUCGACCAUAACUUCGUCUUUUCUUGUUCGAUAUACAUGCAGCUAUUGUCUCUAUGUUAUUUGGUCUUUAUUCCUCUUGCACACUCAAUGUCUGCAGUAUUCUUUAAUAAUAAUUAGUUACUUCCAUAAACUGUUGUCUCUAUUUCUAUUCAAUAAGUGUGAUUUAUUUUAAUUUUUGCUUUUUUGUGUAUUUACCUUCACUAAGAAGCAUGUAUAUUUAUAUUUGCCAUAAUAUAAUAUUUUUAUAAAGAAUAAUUGUUAAUUGGUUACUAUUUACAACUCUGAAAGUGUAUGAAAUUUUAUUCUAUGACCUACUACUGAACGUUCAUUUUUGCUUAUUUAUUUCAUGUUGCCAUGUGCGUCAUACUGUAAUCUUCCUUUAGAUUCUUUGCUUUUUGAGUUGCAUUAUUUUUUUCACAUCCAUAGUGAUAUAACCGCCAUUACUGCUACAUCGAAAAUUUACCUACCUAGAAAGUUGUGGCCUAUUUAACUAAUAUAUUUCUUGUGUUGAAUAGUCUUUUGUGCUUAGAUUUACUCAUACUUUGAAAAAAGAAUUUCUUUUCCAUAGAGUUCAGUGGAGAUUGUAUGUUGAACUUACAUUUUUUUGUAUUUCUCGGGGUUGACAAAGCUUGUUCU